AUGGAGCGACACAGUAAACCAUCGCCGAAUCGUAAACCUGCAUCAUCGCAGAGGGAGAAGACCUGGGACGCAGUGCGUAGGAGACUGAAAGAAUUCCCAUGCGACUCGAAGAGUGUGGAGACUGACGAGCAUCGAAGUUUCCCACGGCGCAGCAAAGCAUCUUCAUCGGCCCCGAUUAGUUCGCCUCUGGUGUUCCAGUCAAGGCAAAAUGAAGAAAGACAAAGCAGAGAGACUCAAGCACCGGCAAUACAACCGAGUCCUGACUGGAGCAGCGGAAGCCUACAGCCGGCCGGGUUGUUCAAUCGCGAAGCAACUCGUGGAAGCUUUUCUCUCGGAAGUAUAUUGAAUGCGUCAGACUCGAAUCGUCCAGAGGUUCCAUUCAAUGAAUCUCGUACUUCUCAUGACGAUCCUAUCCGGCUCGGUUUGAUCACCCUCUCGAUUGCUAUGUCUUUGUUUGCGAACUUCAUGACGAACCUCAACCCUUACAUAAGUCAACUGGACCCGCAGCUACAUACAUUUGACCGAGUCCGGCAACAGUCUCCAUUCUUGCUUACCGCAAUUCUAGCUGCAGCUGCUAAAGCUUUCAACCCAGCCCUUCACCAGAAGCUUCGUGACCACGCGGAAGAUAUCCUGAGCGACAGCUUUCGUACCGGUAUCAAGUCGGUCGAAACUGCCCAGGCGAUUAUGAUUAUGACAUAUUGGAAAGAGUCCGAGGACACCCGCGCCUGGAUGCUCUUGGGUUACGUGAUAAGGAUGGGCAUGGAGCUGGGUUGGGAUCGACUGACGUCGUAUUCCCCUCAACGUUCAGGCUCCGGGACGGAUCUUCAAAACCGCCAAGCAAGAAAUAUUGAAAGAACGUGGUUCGUUCUAUUUGUUUACGAUCGAAGUAUGAGCUUACAAACAGGAAAACCCUGGAUGAUCGAGCGAAGCGAGCUCAUCGAGUCUAUCGGGGCGUGGUGCAGGGACGCCAUGGCCACGCCUGGUGAUCGACUGCUUGAUGCGUUGGUCACAUUGCGUCUCUUGAGCUCCGAGGUCUUCAAGCUAUUGUGCCCAAGGUCGAGUAGAUUACGUGCAAGACAAUUGCAUAGCCUCGAAUCCCUACUUGCCAUUAUCAAAGGCAGGGUCGAAGAAUGGGAGUCGAGGUGGCUUCAGUUGGCAGAUAAAGACACUUGCCAUCCCUUCCUGAUCCAGUUUUAUGGCACUCACCUUCGACUCCAACUGUUCUCACUGCCCCUACAAGACAUGUUAGCACAGUCAGAGCAUAAUGUGUCUUAUCAUAUGGAAUCCUUCUGGGUUAGUUAUUCUAGUGCCUUGGAGAUGCUUCAUUUGAUAUGCCGUCAUUCAUCGUGGUUGUAUUUUGCUCAAGACUCUAUCCACGUAAUGACUGCCUAUAGCGCUGCAUUUCUGACCAAGCUCCUGCUGUCUACUUCGGACCCAAUAUCUCGCCAAAUUGAAGUCGACGUUCACAGCGCAAUCUCAGGCGCAGAGCUAGUGUUCUCUCAGCAGGCUGCGCCGUCAGGCUCAAGCUGUGCACUGCAGUCCAGGUUUCUCAGCAACAUGUUGGCUAGAGUAUCUAAGCACAUCGACAAGGAGGCAGUGAACAAAGAAACCAAUCCUUCCGAAUCUCAGAGCCAGCUUGGAACAAACAGGCAUGAAUACUUGGCUGGCGAUGCCGCAGCAGCUCCAGGCUAUAUCUGCAGCUAUACGGAAGGAGGGCAGACUUUGGGUUUCGCAGACGAUGAGACAUGGGCUGGUAUCAUGGCUGAAGCAGGCUUCAAUGCCCAAGACGGAGUAUUCUUCGCUUGA